AUGGCUGUGAAGAAUCACGUAAAAAACAAGACGGCUGCUGCACGAGGAAAGCAGCGUGUACCCGAGAAAAGUGAACAAAUGAUAUUGAUGCGUGAUGAAGCAUCACAAUCACUCGUGAUUGUGAGUGCCGAUGAUGUUUUGUCCAGUAAUAAAGCGUCAAAGUUGUCGGCGGGUAUAAAGAUAGUAUGCGAAAGUGGUUCCGAUGAACCAGUUUUUGGUCCAAUACUAGCCAUUGGAACCCAAUUGGAAUGUUCGAAAGCGAUGUCUACAAUUGAAAAAACUCUUGGAAAUACUACUGAUGAUACAACCAAAACAGUUGAAAGUCAACCGCUGCAAGCUACAAUUACUAUUGAAAGCCAUCCUGUUCAAUCUACAAUUACUGUUGAAAGUCAACCGGCUCAGUCUACAAUUACUGUUGAACAAAAUAUUUCAAAAGAGAACCACGUGAACGAAGAUGAAUCAAGUGAUACUAAUAUAUCAACUUUAUAUAUAGUUGACGAAGAAGAAACUGAAGAAAAUAUUUCAUCAGUUUCAAUAGCAGCAUCAACAAAUUCUCGUGGUGAAAAGAGAUCACACGACGAAAAUUCUACAAAUUUGGAUAAUCGAAAAAAACAUUCACGUGGUUCUUUAAGCGUUCCAUAUUCUACAUUUUCUGAAAAAGCAAAGGAAUGUUUGUCCUUGCAAGCACAAAUAACAUAUUUUCAAGAAGAAUGGAUGCCUCGGCCAAAAGACCCGAAGGUCAUUAAAUAUUUAAUUGAAAUUACGAACAUACUAAGCGGCAGUAAUGGUAAUCCAGAUGAAGAUACAGGUGAAAUUUUAGAAGGCAUCAUUCGUGAUUUAAAAAUGAACGAAAAAGAGUUGCAGUUUUGUCACGGACGUUCUGCAACAAUUACGGCAAGGCGAAUUAUGAAAUUUAAAUAUCCGAAUCCUGCAAAUGAUUUAAAAAUUAAAAAGAUUGAUGAAUCUAUUCUUACAUCGAUAAUCCGUUAUACAAGAAUAUCGAAUCCAAGCGAUAAAGUUUCUGAGACAAAUAUCCGUCAUGCCAUGAGCAACUAUGUUGCUGUACAGAAAUUCAAAAAUAAAACAAGUUCAAUUGCGAAAUCAAAUGAUGUGGUUGAAGAAUCGGACCAAAAUGAUGAUUUAAACUCAAGCAAUAAUUAG